CCCGCCACCACCACAUAUACACACACACGACUUCCCCUGUCCGUCCCCGCCAACCCCCCAUAGCAAGCAAGCAAGAACAGAGGAGAUCUGGCGAAGAAGAGGAACUCCAUUGCUGCUAGCUAGCUCCUGAGUCCCGACCUUCUCAUUCCAGCUCCUCUCUCUGUUUCUUGCUUGGUCGAUCGCCAUGGCCACCAUCCUGGAGAACAUCCAGAAGGCGAGGUUCCUGCCGGCGCGGCCGCUCAGGGACGACCUGCCCACCUUCCAGGGCGUCGGACCCAAGUCGGAGAGCCACCUCAUGGGGCUCCGCAAGAGGCUCUCCAGCUUUUCCGGCAAGAUCCAGCCCAUCUCCUCCGCCUCCGCCGAGUGGGCCUUCCGCCGCUCCCAGUCCGCCCCCUCCCUCGCCGCCGCCUUCGGCGCCGCCGGCCCCAUCAAGCGCUGGUGGGACUGGGGCGUCGGCUGGCUGCUCUCCAAGAAGCUCGGCUUCGCCGGCGACCUCGAGAUGAACGAGGAGGAGGUGGCCGCGCUGGGGCGCCAGAGCAGGGGCACCUUCGCGCACGUCCUCUACAAGAUGCGCUCCGGGGUGCGCCGCUUCGUCGUGUCCUCGCACUCGCUCCCCACCACGCACAGCUACAAGAACUCGCUGCCCACGUCGGCUGCCGCGGCGCAGCACAAGGCGCAGUGCAAGCCGGCCGCGCAGCAGUUCGCUUACACACAGAGGAGCUUCCAGUACGGGCAAGCCAUGGCGCACUGA